AUGCGGCUGCGGAGACCCGGCCCGCAGGCCGCCCCCUCCUCGGCCGCGGCCGCCUCCUCCAGCGCGGGGACCGGCGACGCGCGGCGGCUGGCGCCCCCGGGGCGGAACCCCUUCGUGCACGAGCUGCGCUUCAGCGCCCUGCAGAAGGCCCAGAUCGCCAUCAUGACACUGACCCUCUUCCCCAUCCGGCUCCUGUUCGCCGCCUUCAUGAUGCUGCUCGCCUGGCCCUUCGCGUUUGUGGCUUCACUGGGAUCUGAUGGGAAAGAACCGGAACAGCCCCUGGCCUUGUGGCGGAAGGUCGUGGACUUGCUGCUCAAGGCCAUCAUGCGGACCAUGUGGUUUGCCGGCGGCUUCCACCGGGUGGCCGUGAAGGGGCGACAGGCCCUGCCGACUGAGGCGACCAUCCUGACCCUGGCACCACACUCCUCGUACUUUGAUGCCAUCCCUGUGACCAUGACAAUGUCGUCCAUUGUGAUGAAGGCAGAGAGCAGGGACAUCCCGAUAUGGGGAACUCUGAUCAAGUACAUCCGGCCAGUGUUUGUGUCCCGAUCAGACCAGGACUCGCGCAGGAAAACCGUGGAAGAGAUAAAGAGACGGGCACAGUCGAACGGGAAGUGGCCACAGAUAAUGAUUUUUCCAGAAGGCACUUGUACCAACAGGACCUGCCUGAUUACCUUCAAACCUGGUGCGUUUAUCCCCGGAGUUCCUGUCCAGCCUGUGGUUUUACGAUACCCAAAUAAGCUGGACACGAUCACGUGGACGUGGCAAGGACCCAGAGCGUUGGAAAUCCUGUGGCUCACACUGUGUCAGUUUCACAAUCAGGUGGAGAUUGAGUUUCUCCCAGUGUACCACCCUUCAGAGGAGGAGAAGAGGAACCCAGCACUGUAUGCUAGCAACGUGAGGCGCGUCAUGGCGGAGGCCCUGGGCGUCUCCAUCACGGAUUACACGUUCGAGGACUGCCAGCUGGCCCUGGCAGAAGGACAGCUCCGUCUCCCCUCGGAUACUUGCCUUCUGGAAUUUGCCAGGCUUGUGAGAGGCCUCGGGUUAAAGCCAGAAAAACUUGAAAAAGAUCUGGAUAAAUAUGCAGAAAACACUAAGCUGAAGAAGGGCGAGAAGAUAGACCUGUUGGAGUUCGCCGCGUACCUGGAGGUCCCCGUUUCGGACACGCUGGAGGGCAUGUUCUCACUGUUUGACGAGAGCGGCAGUGGCAAGAUGGACCUGCGGGAAUAUGUGGUCGCCUUGUCUGUCGUCUGCAGACCGUCCAAGACUCUGGACACCAUCCAGCUGGCAUUCAAGAUGUAUGCGUCACCGGACGAUGGCUGCAUAAGUGAGGAGGACCUGUCCUGCAUUCUGAAGACGGCCUUGGGUGUGGCAGAGCUCCCUGUGACCGACCUCUUCAGUGCUAUCGAUGAAGACAGGAAGGGAAGAAUCUCCUUUGCCGACUUCACCAGGUUUGCAGACAUGUACCCCAACUUUGCAGAAGAAUACCUGUAUCCUGACCAGACACGGUUUGAAAGCUGCACGCAGACUCCAUCAGCACCAACCCCAAACGGCCUCUGUACUGACUUCAGCCCUGAAAGCACUGACCCCGGGGGGCAGCCCCUCCAUAGGAAACUGGACUAGGACGGAAGGUUCCAGAGAGAUGAGAGCUUCCCAGCUCUGUCGCCAUGCCCUCCACAGGGCUGUGGCUCCCCAUUCGCGCGUGAGGACAUCUGAUGUUCUCUCCCCACAUGCUCUAUGUUUAUUGUCUCCAGACCCAGGUUCUAGAAGACCUGGGGUGUGUAAGGAGCCCUGGUGGUACAAUGGGAAAGCACUCAGCUGCUAACCGGCAGGUCAGCGGUUCAAAUCCACCAGCAGCUCCACGGGAGAAAGAUGUGGCAGUCUGCUUCCGUAAGGAUUACAGCCUUGGAAACCCUAUAGGGCAGUUCUGCUCUGUCCUGUAGGGUUGCUAUGAGUCAGAAUCGCCUCGACAGCAAUGGGUUGGGUUUUUGGUGGGGUUUGUCUUCAUUGUUUCAUUGUGGAGAGUUUCAGUUUAAGACCCCAGCUUCAGGGUAUAUCCUGUGCCCUGUGUGUAUCUGACAGGAAGCCACACAUGUGUUUAUACCCACCGUCUGGUCUUCUGCCCGUGGGAUGCCUCUGCAAGGGGGUUGCUGGCCGCACAGUUACUUUGCAGGGCCCAGUGGACACCAGGUGUUGCUGUGUCUUUACCUAAAGUAGCCUGGUUUUCAGUUUUCCUUACUGUCUUUCCUAAUGGCCUGUUUUGCCUGUUGGCGGUGGCAUGCAGAGAAGGCAGGGGCCCUCUGUACACCUACCACACACACCUGAAACCCGGAAUGUGUCACCAUGUUUUCAUUCCAGCACAAACUACCCGCCACCUCAUGGGUUCCCAGUGCUGCAGUGGCAUUGUCUGAUUUUUUAAAUAUUUCUAUAUUUGUGUGGAAACCCAUGUGUAUUUUAUAAACUUCAUUUCAGUACUUCAGGAAACAUUCAGCGUUUUUUAAAAAAGAGAGAAUGUUUUUUCUACUUCAUUUUUCCUUUUAGGGUCAGAGGAUAUUUAUUCACAGGCCCGUUUUUGAUAGGCUCUGAAGCUCUUUGGGGCUUUGACUUAAAUUUCUCCCAGGCCUCUCUCUACCAGGUAAAUUUCUCUCCUCCCAGUUGGUGGGGACCCCCAGGGAGGCUUGGCCAAGAGGACCUGGCCCCAAAACCCUGUAUCUGCUCUCCCCCAUUCUUGCUGAGUCCCCUGCCCCUUUGUUUUAUAAACGUUAACCAUUUGGUGGGUCUGCUUCAGGAUAACGUGGUCUGCUUCAUUGUGGCUUAAGCUCCAGGCGAAGUGCUGAGAGUGGGUGAAAUAGAUUAGGCCUCAGGGUAGGAAAGAGCUAGGCGUUAUCCACUUAUGUUGUGAGUGGUUGUGACUUUCUAUGCUGGGGGCAGACUGUGACGCUCUGGGGGUAGACUGAGCAGUUCCUCCAUCACUGACAGGUCAAGUCCCGGGGAAAAAGACCUUUCCUUCCUCUUAGCUCCAACUUCUAUGGUGACUUGGAAUUCCUGGGUGGCGCAAACGGUUAACACACUCGACUGCUAACCAAAAGGUUGGAGGUUUGAAUCCACAUCGAGGUGCCUCAGAAGAAAAUCCUGGCAAUCUGUUUCCCAAAAAUCAGCUGUUGAAAACCCUAAGGAGCACAGCUCUACUCUGACACACAUGGGAUCACCAGGAGUUGGAAUCAGCUUGAUGACAGCUGGUUUGGUCCCCCCCCCCCAUUAGCCGCUUCUCUGAAUCCCUUCCCACAGAGGGCUGAGCGGGGUCAGCGGCGUG